AUGAGAUUAUUGAAGCGUGCAAGAAGUCUAAUGCACACGAAUUUAUCAAUGAUUUACCAAAUAAAUAUGAUACAAAGGUUGGUGAGAAGGGGUCUUUGAUGUCAGGAGGCCAGAAACAAAGGAUUGCAAUUGCCCGAGCUUUAAUUAAAGACCCGCCGAUAUUACUACUUGACGAAGCCACUUCUGCUUUAGACACAGAAUCUGAGCGUUUAGUCCAGGAAGCUUUAGAUGCAGCAUCAUCUAAUCGAACGACUAUAGUGAUAGCUCACCGUCUUUCCACUAUAAAAAAUGCCGACAAAAUAGUGGUCAUGUCUAAAGGAGAGAUUCUUGAAGUCGGUCGUCACGAAGAAUUAAUUUCCAAGCGCGGAGUAUAUUUUGGAUUAGUACAAGCCCAGGAAUUAAAGGUUUCCACAAAGGCAUCGACCACGAAAUCAAUUAAGAGUAUUGAGGAGAUUAUAGAGGAAGAAUCCAAGGAAAAGGUGAAACAAUCAGCGCCGUUUGGUCGGGUCUUUAAAUUACAAAGGCCUGAAUAUUUAAUGAUGUUUUUUGGAGCUAUUAAUGCAGCUGUAAACGGAGCAAUUAUGCCUCUUUUUUCAAUUAUCUUUGCCACUUUACUGGAUGUAUUCUCAAAAACCGAUAGGCCUCAUGAACUUCGUCACGAUGCAAACUUCUGGGCCUUAAUGUUUGUGCUAUUAGCCAUUGCUUCAUUUAUCGCCAACUUUUUUCAAAAUUUCUCCUUCAUCCUUUCUGGUGAAAAGCUUACAAAACGUCUUCGUACAAUAACGUUUGAAAAACUUCUCAAACAAGACAUUGGAUAUUUUGAUGAUGAGAGAAAUAGUACAGGCGUAUUGACCUCUAAAUUGGCGAUAGAUGCUUCAAGA